CGAAUGUUGUCCUGCUGGCACAACGGAGCUGUACAAAACAAACCUUUUUCUACGACAAUUUGCGUAUCGCUGCAAUCUCCAAUUUAUAGUAAUAUUGCAACAAUUAACAUUAUUUUGAAGUAUUAUUAGGCCCCUGAACGCAGAAAACGUGCAACUUGAUUUAAGGUUGCCUCGAGGCUGACAAAAUCCAAUCCGGAGCGGUCCAAGUUUUCAGGGAGCGUCGCACUGUCUGUAUUAAGUGGUCAAGAUGGUGUUAGCCGAUUUAGGACGCAAAAUUACGAAUGCUUUGCACUCGCUAAGCAAAGCGACGAUCAUAAAUGAAGAGGUGUUAGAUUCAAUGCUGAAAGAGAUUUGCACGGCAUUGCUCGAGGCGGACGUCAACAUUCGGUUGGUGAAGAAGCUGCGUGAAAAUGUACGUUCUGUGAUCGACUUCGAUGAAAUGGCCGGAGGUUUGAAUAAGCGACGAAUGAUUCAAUCGGCAGUGUUCAAGGAGCUGGUUAAGUUGGUUGAUCCGGGGGUGAAGCCAUACCAGCCCAUUAAAGGACGUCCGAACGUGAUAAUGUUCGUAGGACUGCAGGGAUCUGGUAAGACGACAACUUGUACAAAACUGGCGUACCAUUAUCAAAAGAAAAACUGGAAAUCGUGCCUAGUCUGUGCCGAUACAUUUCGUGCUGGUGCGUACGAUCAAAUCAAGCAAAAUGCCACCAAGGCGCGUAUUCCAUUCUACGGUAGCUAUACCGAAGUCGAUCCGGUCACAAUCGCACAGGAUGGUGUAGAGAUGUUCAAAAAGGAGGGCUUUGAGUUUAUAAUCGUGGAUACGAGUGGCCGACAUAAGCAGGAGGAAUCACUGUUCGAGGAAAUGUUGGCAGUGGCCAACGCGGUCAACCCGGAUAACAUUAUUUUCGUCAUGGAUGCUACCAUUGGGCAGGCUUGUGAGGCCCAGGCAAAAGCGUUCAAAGAAAAGGUGGACAUUGGUUCGGUCAUCAUUACGAAGCUAGACGGUCAUGCGAAGGGUGGCGGUGCACUAUCAGCGGUGGCAGCAACUAACUCCCCCAUCAUUUUUAUCGGUACUGGUGAGCACAUAGACGACUUGGAACCGUUUAAGACGAAGCCCUUUAUUAGCAAACUGCUUGGAAUGGGAGACAUUGAGGGCUUAAUCGACAAGGUGAACGAAUUGAAGCUGGACGACAACGAAGAGCUAAUCGAUAAAAUCAAACAUGGUCAAUUCACCAUUCGGGACAUGUAUGAACAGUUCCAAAAUAUCAUGAAGAUGGGUCCUUUUUCGCAAAUUAUGGGAAUGAUUCCAGGAUUUUCUCAAGAUUUUAUGACCAAGGGCGGUGAGCAAGAGUCAAUGGCUAGAAUCAAGCGUCUAAUGACCAUGAUGGACUCCAUGUCUGACGGGGAGCUCGAUAACAAGGAUGGUGCGAAACUGUUCAGCAAACAGCCAACACGAGUAACGCGAGUGGCUCAAGGAUCGGGCGUCAUAGAGCGGGAAGUGCGCGAUUUGAUAUCACAGUACACGAAAUUCGCUGCAGUCAUCAAGAAGAUGGGAGGUAUUAAGGGGCUGUUCAAGAGUGGCGAUAUGACGAAAAACGUGAAUCCGACACAAAUGGCCAAACUGAAUCAACAGAUGGCAAAGAUGAUUGAUCCUCGCAUGUUCCAACAGAUGGGCGGCAUGAACGGUUUACAAAACAUGAUGCGCCAGCUACAACAAGGUGCGGGCGGCCUCGGUAAUUUAAUGAGUGGGUUCGGUGGCAAAUAGAUGGAGGAUCGCACCAGAACAUUCAUCAGCUAUUCAUCUUUAUACUUCCUGGGCUCAUUAUGUUUUAUAAUGUGUUGAACGAAAAAAAGGUUUGUUUUUAGCAACUUAUCUGAGCGUAUCGACAAGAUCGGAGCAAUAAAUGGUAUGAUUUUGUUAGCCUUUA